CUCAAAUGGUUGUCAAGGUGAAUUGUUUGUUAAAUCGAUAGAUUUAGUUUAAGAACUAGUCAUGUCGUGCAUCUGUCUUGGUCCAAAGCGAGCUGGUAAGACGCACUUGCUCAAGGCUCUGCAGGAACCGGAUUCCAUAGACGAAACCACCUAUUCUAUGCCUACAAUUGGCACUGGCAUCUAUCGAAUUCACUUCCCGGAAAAGUCUGCAAAUAGCGACAAACAUCGACCGCCAACAGAUGUCGCUCCAAGCAUGCCCAAGCAUCUGCCCAAGUUCAUUCAAAUACUUGAAAUUGGCGGCAGCAUGGCGCCAUUGUGGCGACAAAGUCAAUAUUUUGAGGAUGUGAAGAAGCUCAUCUAUGUGGUGGAUGCCUCCAAUCUUUGCCAGAUAUCAGCAGCGGGCGUGCUCUUCUACUCGAUUCUCACGGAGCCGCGUCUGCAGAAGGUUAAGAUUCUGCUGGUGCUGACCAAGAUGGAUUAUUCCUAUCGCCAGAUGCGAAACGAGGCGCUGCUCAUGCUGCAAAUGGCCAAGUUACAAAAGCAAAUCCGUCAACAGGUGAACAUCGUGGAGGCCAGUGCAGUGACCAAAGUGGGACUGGAUGCCAUCUACGAUUGGCUGAAACGACCUUGAGAGGAUGGUGAUUAAAUUCAACU